AUGAAAGGCGCCACACACAGAUGGUGUAUUUGGCACAUCCUGCAAAAAUUUUCAACAAGGUUAGGAAAGCAUUCUAACUACCCCGAGUUGAAGGAAGACCUUGAUAGUGUUGUGUAUGAUAGUUUGGAUUGUGAAGAGUUCGAAAGACGGUGGCCAGAAGUGAUCAAGAAACACAAAGUUGAAACGGACUACUGGCUGGAAGGCCUGUUUAUCGAACGUCAUAUAUGGGUACCUGCGUUCGUGAAGCAUAUGUUUUGGGUCGGCAUGAGAACAACCCAGAGGAUUGAGAGUAUACAUAGCUUUUUUUAUGGUUAUUUAAGGAAGCACACACUGCUUAGUGAAUUUGUGGAGAGAUAUUGUGAAGCGUUGGAGGUUAGAGCUAUUAGUGAGAAACGAGCCGAUGAUAAUAAUUCUAGAUUUGUUAGGCAACCCACGACAGCGUUCCCUGCCGAGUCUGUUUUACGGAAAAUCUACACAGAUGCCAAAUUUAAAGAGGUACAAAGGGAGUGCAGUAGGAUGCUAUAUGUGACCAAUUUGGACAAGAGGCAAAUAUCUGAUACACUGAAUGAACACUCACUUGAGGAUUAUGUUUGGUACAAACCAAAGAACUCAAGGAAAGAAGUACCGUCGAAGAGGAAAUGGGUGUACACAAGGUUACGUGCAAUAGCAGCACCAAAGAAGCAAAUUGUGAAUGCAGGUACUUUGACUGCCAUGGCAUCAUCUGUCGGCAUAUGA